UCGUGUCUGUCCUGCGUCACGCAGGGUCAGCUAAACCUUUGGAGACACCAGGGGGUCCUGAGCUGCCCUAGUGUCUCCCGAGGUGCUACAGCCCGGCUCCUUGGCAGUGCGGAGCUGGAGGGCGGGGCUCAGAAGGGUAGGACAUCUUCAGCCCGCCCCGCCUCCAUUGGCUGGGGCGCGGGAGGCGGGGCGGGGCGCGGCUGCCAGAUGUUGGGGCGGCAGCGGCGGGAGCUACCGAGAGCGAGGAGCCUGGAAGUAAGGCGAGGGUGAGGACGCCGCUGGCGGGCCGACCUGGCCCACUCUGCGCUGCUUCCGCGGGUGAUCGAGCCGGACGACCUGGAGAGGGCUACCGCACCAGCGCUAACAUGCACAGCGCUCGGCUUGACAGCUUCCUGAGCCAGCUCCGCUGGGAACUGUUGUGUGGUCGGGACACAGGCUCACCUCCAGUGCCUGGCCCAUUGCAACCGAAACCCAAAACCGAUCCAAGUGUACAGCCCAACCGCCACUUCAGGGCCUCAGAUGCUCUGGAAGAGGACUCCGUCUGCUGUGUGGAAGAGGAGGAGGAAGAGGAAGCCUUGGGAGCUGAAGACAGGGGUGUACCCUUGGGGUGUCCUAGGGAACAUGCCCUAGACUGGGACUCUGGCUUUUCAGAGGUGUCAGGCAGUACUUGGCGAGAGGAAGAGCUGUCUGUACCCCGGCGUCACGCACCCUCAGAACGGCCACCUCAGAGCCAGCGUUUCUCAGUCAGUGACCUCCCCCUGCGCAGCAGGGCAGCUGUAAGUGGCAUAACACCUGCCCACCGUCCGAGGCCCAAGUCCACUCCGGACGCUUGCCUGGAACACUGGCAGGGAUUGGAAGCAGAGGACUGGACGGCAGCCCUGCUGAACAGGGGCCGUAGUAGGCAGCCCCUGGUGCUAGGGGAUAACUGUUUUGCUGAUUUGGUUCACAACUGGAUGGAGCUGCCUGAGGCAGCCAGUGAGGGGGGUGAUGGAGGUGUACCCCGAGCCCGUGCCCGACCCCCUCAGUUCCUGCUUGGCCUCUCGGAGCAGCUUCGGCGUCGGCUGGCCAGGGCUCGCCGGGCAGCUAUGGCAGGAAAGCGACUGUCAUGCCCACCUCGUCCAGAACCUGACCUGCCUGCGGACAUCUCACGAUUUGCAGCCCUCAUGAACUGUCGCAGCCGACAACCUAUCAUCUAUAAUGAUGUCAGCUACCUCUGACCCUGCCCUCCAGCCAGGGACAAUAAAAGCCUUUUUCUAGAC